AAAUAUUUUUGAAAAAAAGGAGGUAAAAGAACUAUUUUUAUCCAAGAAUUUGAAUGGAAGGUCUCAGUGCCUGUUUGAGCUCGGUGGGGAGGAAUCAGAAAGAAAUUUAACCCUGUGUUUUCUCAUCCGCUGCCCCUGAAUAAAGGUAAAAAUAGGAACGAACUGCAAGAAAUAAACGAGAGCGAGUGUAAUGACAGCUGUGCAAUCUGCUUAGUGUAUAAAAAAAGAAUUUCACAGAAUCUAAACAUAUACGAUAAGCCUGAAAUCUACUGGAAAAUACAAGAUUAUGUGUUGUCCUGUGUUAGUCCCAUCGCUCCACCAAGGCCACUGAUAUUCAUGUUUGUCGUUCUAUAUUUAUAUAUACAUAGAGGUGAGAGGUGAGGGCUAAUUGGUCGUUCAGGUAUAAAUACUAGAAGUUCCUACUGCAGAACAUCCACUUUGGCCACAUCUCCACCAUGAAACUUCUCCUGAUCUGUGUGCUCCUGGGAGCCGCCGCUGCCUUUGAUGAUGAUAAGAUCAUUGGAGGUGCCACCUGUGCCAAGAACUCUGUGCCCUACAUCGUCUCCCUGAACGCUGGCUACCAUUUCUGUGGGGGGUCUCUGCUCAAUAACCAGUGGGUCGUGUCUGCCGCUCACUGCUACCAAGCGAGCGUCCAGGUCAGGCUGGGGGAACACAACAUCGCCGUAAGUGAAGGAACCGAGCAAUUCAUCAACUCUGCCAAGGUCAUCAGGCACCCAAGCUACAACUCCAGGACCAUAGACAAUGACAUCAUGUUGAUCAAACUUGCCUCUCCCGCCUCCCUCAAUUCUGCCGUAAACACCGUGGCUCUGCCUUCUAGUUGUGCCGCCGCCGGUACCAGCUGCCUGAUCUCUGGCUGGGGCAACACUUCCACCACUGGCUCCAAUUACCCCAACCUCCUGCAGUGCCUGAAUGCCCCCAUCCUGACCACCGCCCAGUGUUCAGGCGCCUACCCCGGGCAGAUCACCAACAACAUGUUCUGUGCCGGAUUCCUGGAGGGUGGCAAGGACUCCUGCCAGGGUGACUCUGGUGGCCCCGUUGUGUGCAAUGGACAGCUGCAGGGUAUUGUGUCCUGGGGUAUCGGCUGUGCCCAGAGGAACUACCCCGGAGUCUACACCAAGGUCUGCAACUACAACUCCUGGGUCCAGAGCACCAUUGCUGCCAACUAAUCCUUUAACUUAUUGGGAAGUCUCAGUUUUGGUUCUGAUUCUGUGGAACAAAUAGAACUUGUAAAAGACUGAAAUAAAUAAAUGGUUUAUUAAGUCUGCA